CCUAUAAUCUUCUAUCGAUUGCUGAAAACCGCAGGUCGCUAUGACUUUUCGUUCGAAAGAUAUAAGCUUUUUUUUCCAGGUGCCUUCUUUUAAAAUUCUGAUAGUAAUAAUUGAUAUUUGUAGAGAAAAUCAGUCGUGUUAGCUCAGUUUUGCUUGUAAUUUAUCUCUCAAACACUGACUUUUAAGUAGUGAGAUUACACCAGUUUUCUUUGAGCUUUGUACUUGAUCAGAAAUCGAAUGUAUAUCAUUAAUCUUAUAUUUAGUCUGGUAUCGGUUUUCUUUCAACUCGAGGCAAAAACAGCGGCUGAAUGGUGUUCUCGAACCAUUUAUCAGUUGCUUACAGACCGAUAUGCUCAGACACCCGAUAUCAUCCAAGAAAAUAAAAAAUACCAAAACACUCCUCUAUCAAUCUGUGGUCGAAACCGCUAUUGUGGUGGAACCUAUAAAGGACUUAUUGCUCAUCUCGACUAUAUAAAAGAAUUAGGUUUCGAUGCCAUAUAGAUUUCUCCAAUUACAGCUCAAAUUGAAGGUGAUACAGAAUCUGGUACGGCCUACCAUGGCUAUUGGCAAAAAAAUAUUUAUGACUUAAAUGCCCAUUUCGGUACUGCUGAUGAUCUUCACGAACUAAUAGGGACUGCUCAUGAGCUCGAUAUUUGGAUCAUGUUAGAUGUUGUAGCAAAUCAUAUGGGACCGGAUAUCAGCAGUUUAAAUAAUUAUGUGCCAUUCAAUGAAGAUGCUCAUUAUCAUAAUUGAUGCAAAAUCAAGGAUUAUUCUAAUCAAACUCAAGUGGAACUAUGCUGGCUUGGAGAAAACGAGCCACUAUUAUCCGACUUGAAUACUGAACUGCCUUACGUUAUUGACACUUUAAAUCAAUGGAUUGCAAAUAUUACCCAUCACUAUGACUUUCAUAGCAUCCGACUCGAUGCAUUUCGUCAUAUUCGAAAGGAAUUUUGGACUAAUUUUACAAACGCUUCACAAGUUUAUUCAAUAGGUGAAGGUGCCAGUAAUUCAACGGCUUAUGUUGGAGCUUGUCAGGGAUAUGCUGAUGGUGUCCUCCAUUACCCACUCUAUUAUAUCCUUAUGGACGUAUUUCGAGAUCAAAAUCCACAAUCUAUGGAAAAACUUGCUCAACAAGUUAAGGUAAAUAACGAAUCUUUUAAUGAUACAACAUUGUGUGACAUAUUUUUGGAUAAUCAUGAUCUACCACGAUUUUUAAACCAAACAAAGAAUGAAGUAUUAAUUCGAAAUGCUCUUAUUUAUUUAAUGUUUAGCGAUGGUAUUCCUAUUCUAUAUUAUGGCAUUGAACAAGGUUUUAUUGGUAAUAAUUCAAAUCAAACUUUACAUUUAGGAGAACCAUAG